UGCGCAGAAGGCUAUUCCCCCCCCACAACAUGGCCACAGAGUCCAUCAUGGAGGAGUGCGUUCCUUCACCCGGUACUCCAGACUCUAGGAAGAGACCCUUAGAUAUCGACUCCGACGAUGCUAUGUCCAAGCGAUCACACUACAUUCCAGAUAUUUCAUCUUUUUCAGACAUGCAGAGUGAGGGGACAUAUCACCUCAAGAUCCUGGUUCCUAGUGUGGCCGCAGGCGCCAUUAUUGGCAAAGGAGGAGAAACCAUUGCACAGUUGCAGAAGGACACUACUGCCAGGGUGAAGAUGUCCAAAGCCAAUGACUUUUAUCCUGGCACAUCAGAGCGAGUAUGUCUAAUCACUGGCAACGUAGAUGCCAUCUGCACAGUGCUGUCAUUCAUUAUGGAAAAAAUUAAAGAAAAACCAGACCCAAAUGCAAAACCAGCCAUUGAUUUUGAUAACAAGAUGACAGCUGAAAGAGAGAAGCAGAUUUCAAGAAGUGCUCAUUCCCUGCAGGUGAAGAUUUUGGUCCCCAAUAGCACUGCAGGCAUGAUCAUUGGUAAGGGUGGCACUUACAUCAAGCAGAUAAAAGAAGAAAGUGGAGCUUAUGUUCAGAUCUCCCAAAAGGCCAAAGAUCAGUCAUUGGCAGAACGUUGUAUUACUGUCAUAUCAAAUGAUGUAGAAAAUAGCAAGAAUGCCUGCCUGAUGAUUCUGGCAAAGAUAGUGGAGGACCCUCAGAGUGGCACCUGCCUCAAUGUAAGCUAUGCUGACAUCACAGGUCCAGUGGCUAAUCCUAACCCCACUGGUUCUCCUUUCGCCAAUUCUCCAGGCGGUCAAAAUAUACAGAAUGGAAGUUUGGGAUCCAUGAAUAAUCCACUGUCUGCAGUGAGUGGAUUAGGAAACCUUCUUGGUGGUGGAGUGAAUCUGACUCUAAAUCUGAGCUCUGCCUAUCCUAAUGGUGGUGCUGGAAACCCUGUGGUCACCGCCCAGCUUCUGGAGCAUGUGAGAUCUAUCCUUCGUAGUUCAGGGUUUGCUGACCAGUCUAAUGCUGAAGUGUGUCAGGCCAUCAACACACUAAUCAACUAUGGCAUUAUUGGGCUUGGGUUGGGGCUGGGCAACCCAUCUGGUCACCAGGGAGGACAUGGUGGUCAGGGAGGCCAAGGCCAAGGCAGUAUGGGAAACAACCCAAUGCUGCCCAAUAUGAACAAUUCGAACAAUCCAAAUGAUUCUUACCAUGGAUCAUCAAUGAGCAAUGGAAAUAAUGGCCCUUUUGGGCCCAUAGGCACCACAGUAGCUUCAGGCCUUAACCUGGGACAGGGGUUGGGGGGUCCAACCUCUCCUCAACGUCAAGUGGACCGUUUCAGCUCAGAACCUCCCUUUGACCCUUUCCGACGGCAGUCCUCAGAAAUGGGAGGUAGUCUGCCCCUGAACAGCAACUCCUUUGGGCUUGGCACUCCUUUGAGGAAGAGCCCCUCCCCUGGAGAACUUCCUCCAGGAGCACCAGAUGGUAGCAAGAAGGUGGAGGUGGAAGUUGGGGAGCACAUUGUUGGCGCCAUUUUGGGUCCUGGAGGAAAGUCUCUGGUGGAGAUCCAGCAUAUCUCCGGCACCACAAUCCAAAUCUCCAAGAAGGGUAACUAUGCUCCUGGUACUCGUAACCGCAUUGUCACCAUCACAGGUCUACCUUCAGGCAUCUCAACAGCGCAGUUUCUCAUUGAACAACGCAUCUCAGAGGAAGAGGGCAAACGUGCCCGCCAAAAUGCUAUCAUGGGGGUCAUGCCUUAGGACAUAUGCUCAUUCUCCAUCACACACAUACUUGAUUCUACCCUUUUAGGGGCUUGAAAAUACUUGCAUACACCAUUAUAUCUCUCCUCCUUUUUAAAUUUCUGUAACUGAUGUUGAUGUUUGAGUAUUUUAUAUAAACAUGAACAUUUCAAGCUCCAUCAUCAUAGAUUUCAGAGGUGCUUUUCAGUGUUCAGUGUGGGGGGAUCAGCAUCAUUACUUUUUUUUUUCUUUUUUUCUCCCAAGGCACCUUUAUUUUCAGCCUAGGUCACAGAAGCUCACUGUUCAUAGCAUCAAAAUUUUUGUGUUCAAAUUUCACCUAAUUCAUUAUGCAUAUUCACUACAGACUUCAUAAUUGGCCAAGCUCUACUCCUUAGAUUUCCCCAGUCACCAACUACUGUUGUUUAGAAGACUCAUUUUUGUUUAGGAGCAACUGUAAGUAUUCUCCAUUGUUCAGAUUGUUAGCUAUUGAUUUGUUCAACUUAAUAUUCUGUUAAGUUUUAUUAAUUUACCUCAGUAUGUAAAGGUUCCUGGUGAAGUGAACCUUCAAGUGGGUGUUGUCUGGGGCUGCAGCAUCCUUCACAGGUGGAGGACAGGCUUUCCUACAACUGCCCCUCUCCCCUUGUGCUAUUUUUGCCAGAUUUUCAUAACCAGAUCUGCAAAACUAUAUGCUGCUCAGUUGUACUAUAUUUGAUGUAUUUUUUAAGUGGAUUUAUUUUAUGUGUGAAAGAUUGAUUUUUCUGUACAAUAACUGAAGUAAUUAAUAUACUUUAAAAGAUUUAAUUUAACAAAGAUUUAAAGCAGAUCUGGCCAUGAACACAUCACAUCCAUCUCUCUUCUCUUCAGUCAGAGAACAUCCUACAUGGUUAUUCAUAUCGAAAGAUAUGAAUGUUUGGCAUCUUUGACUCAUGUUGAGUUUUUGUAUGCUGCUGCUGUCAGGAUAUCUGCUUAGACAACUAUACUGGGGAAGUCUCAUUUUAUUAAGGAAAAUGUGAGGUCCUAAUUCUGAAGUAAUUAGCAUUUCAUGUCCCUCUUGGAGAGAUUAUUGUAGGUGGGGCGGGCAGUAUCUGUUGUUUGAAAAAGGGAAAGCAGUUAUAGCCUUAUAGCUGUGCAUAUGAUCUUAAUGGAGAAUCUUCUUUUGGGCUAGCUAAUACACUUUCAAUAUGAGUGUGUUGUAUGCAAAUAGAAUUUUCCCUUGGUACAAACUUUAUAGUUAUUACUUUAAAAAGCUAGUUUAAAGGAACGAAUUUCAGUGCUAGAUAAAAUUUUCAUUCAUAUUGUCUCAAAGUUUAGAAUCAAAAUUUUCAAGGUUCUCAACCAGGGGAUAGGCAGAAACAGUCAUACAUCUUUCUUCAUUAAAUAUCAUUGCUCUAUAAACAUGUAAAAAUUGGCAAUAAAUGUGUAUCCAUCAGUG